AUGGGGGUAACCCCCUUCCAUCAUUCUAUCCUCGAGGUCCGGCUACCAAAGCACUUCGAUAAGCCAACGGACAUGAGGUAUGAUGGGACCCAAGACCCUCAAGAGCAUCUGAUGGCUUUCGAGGCCAGGAUGAAUCUAGAAGGGGUAGGCGAUGAAGUGAGAUGUCAUGCAUUCCCCGUUAUCUUGGCAGGCCCGGCAAUACGUUGGUUCAGUGCCCUCACCCAAGGCUCCGUUACGACCUUCGCAGACAUCACCCGCGCUUUCCUAGCUCAGUUUACCACACGUAUUGCUAAAGCGAAGCACCCGAUCAACUUGCUCGGGGUGACACAAAGAAGCGGCGAAUCAACCAGGAAGUACCUGGAUAGGUUCAAUGAUGAGCGCUUGGAGAUUGACGGCCUAACCGACUCGGUGGCCAGUUUGUGCUUAACGAACGGGUUGCUGAAUGAGGAUUUCAGGAAAUACCUUACCAUAAAGCCCAUGUGGACAAUGCAAGAAAUCAAAAAUGUUGCUAGGGAAUAUAUCAAUAAUGAAGUGGUUAGCCAGGUUGUGGCAGCCAACAAACGACAACCCGCCUAUAACCAUACUUGUCUGGCCGAAAACGGAGAAAGGCCAAGGGAACACUCCAAGGAUGGAGCUCCAGCUAAAACCUUCAAGCCGUUCCCCUGGGUAGGGAAGUUUACCAACUACACCCCCUUGACAGCCCCAAUCGUUGAAGUCUAUCAACAGAUUACCGACAAAGGCAUCUUUUCAAAGCCCCUACAACUCAAGGAUAGGACAGGAGGGAACAAAAACCUCUAUUGCGACUACCAGAAGGGCUACGGCCACAGGACCCAAGACUAUUUCGAACUAAAAGAUGCUCUAGAGCAGGAAAUCCAGGAAGGUAAGUUGUCAGAAUUCUCCCACCUCAUAAGAGAGCCCAGAAGGCGAGAUCGCGAUAGAACUGGCAAUAACAAGAGCCGCGCCGUGAGACAGAGACAAGAAUCCAAGGUGGACAAUAAACACGGCCUCACCAUCAUGAACGUUGUGGUUUGGAAAGACGUGGCUCCUAGGUCGAAAUUGGCAUGCAGAAAGGACGGCAAAGUCUUAGCAGUGUCAUCAUAUAACCCCAUGACUUCCCCAGGAGAUUUCGGUCAAUGGCAUUUGGUCCAGAAGACCAAUGGUUUGACGAGUUGCCAGAGAACCCUCCUUUGGUGA